AUGGAAAGUCCAUAUAGUGUUGAUCCAUAUUUUACUAAUGGCUUUUCAAUUCGUCGAUCACAAAUAGCUCAUAAAGACAACAAUGUGGCUUAUGUUAAUAUCGCAAGCGAUGCAGUGACAGAAAUUAACCGAAAUAAAAACAGAAGACGUAUGGCAUACCCUCGUGAUUGUUUAAUAUGCACAUGUAUUUUAUGUCUCGGUCUCCUAGCAGCUGCCAUUGGUGUAGCACUUGGUUUGACUUUAAGUGGUAAAGUCACGACAACAACAACAACAGAAACAACAGAAACAACAGAAACAACAACAACAGCAACAACAGCAACCACAACAACAACGACAACAGAAACGACAACAACAACAACGACAACAGAAACGACAACAACAACAACAAUAACAACAACAACAACAACGACAACAGAAACGACAACAACAACGACAACGGAAACGACAGCAACAACAACAACAGCAACAACCACUACCGGUAAGUAA